CGCCAAUAUAUAAGUAUGGAGCGCCCAAAGAAGCCUAAAGUACAGUGAAGUUGAUUUGGCGGAAAAACUCAAAGUCUAUCAAAUAUGCCUAGUCAGAAGCUCCCGUUCCAUAUUGCUGUCGUUGGCGGUGGCAUUGGCGGCCUUUGUGCAGCCCUUUCGAUUCAUCACCACUGCCCCAAAGAUGGCAGUGUUAUUAUUGAUGUAUAUGAGCAAGCACCAGAGUAUAAGGAGAUUGGAGCUGGCUUGGGUAUAGGAGUCAAUGCUGCCAAGCUUCUUCAUCGCAUUGGUGUAGGGAAAAACUUAAAUGAGAUCUCCGGCCAUCGUAAUGGCAUUUGGAUCUCGUUCCGUCGAUAUGACAACGGUAACGAGAUUGUUACCGUGCCAGUGGACGACCGGCAGGAUAUAAGACAAAGCCCUGUUCACCGAGCUGAAUUUUUGGAAUUGCUAUUUAAUCAUGUCAAUGAGCGGAACGCAGCUACUCUGCACAAUAAUAAGCAGUGCAUCGAGUUGAAGGACCAAGGAAGCUUUGUUGAGCUUCAUUUCGCCGAUGGAACGACGGCAACAGCAGAUCUAGUUGUUGGAUGUGAUGGAAUUCACUCCAAUAUUCGCUCUCAAUUUCGCUCUGACAAUCCCAAGUAUAGCGGCCGUAUGUGCUACCGAGGAUUAGUACCAAUCAAAGAUCUCGAGACUUGGUGGCCUUUUAAGUCGUAUUCCAUUAGCUGGCUCGGUCCAGACAAGCACUUUCUAGCUUUCCCCAUUAGCAAAAACAAAACCCUCAAUAUUGUUGCUUUUGUAUAUUCUGAUGACGAACGCGCGCUGGAGAGCUGGACAGCAACGGGCCACCGAAGCGAGGUGCAGAAAGAGUUUGAGUCUUUCGACCCUACGGUCCGUAAAACCAUUUCUUUCAUGAACGAAUUUCCGUCCAAAUGGAUUUUAAAUGACCGCGAACUCUUGGAUCAAUGGGUCUUUGGAAGCGGCAAAAUAGUGCUGAUGGGAGAUGCAGCGCACGCGAUGCUUCCACAUCAGGUAGGAGCCGGUGCUGGCCAGGCUAUUGAAGAUGGCUAUGUCCUAGGAUUGGCCAUAUCUGACUAUCUUUCGGCAUCUUCGGGGGGAAGCACGCAAACACUCAAACAGUGGAUGCAAGUGUACCAAGAUGUUCGUCUCCCCCGUGCUCAGAAAGCGCAGGCUACGGCUCGCCAAGCUGGGCAAGUAUAUGAAAUGCAGACACCUGAAAUGAAGGGCAAGACUUAUGAGGACUGCCUCCCUCUUGUGCGAGACAGUUUAAAAGACCGCAUGGGAUGGAUCUGGACCGGAGAUAUUGAGGCAGAGUAUAAAGCAAAUAAGCAGCGUUUAGUGGACUCACUAACAACAGGGACUGUGAAGGAUGGCACGAUAAAUUCCAUUAAUGAACACGAAGCGCUACUUGCCUGGGAUUGGUGGCGUUGGGGGGUGGAGAAUCCGGGUACGCGCCAUAUCUCCCAGCGCCGCCUAGCUUAUUCGCGAUCCGGGAACCGUUUCGUCUCCAAUUCGAUUUCAUUCAUACUCUCAGCCGGACCAGUCCAGCACUCGCAGAACAAUGCACCACGAUUCGCGGCUACCUGGAUACCACAGGUCGAUUUAGCGCAUCGUUGUGCGACGGCGUCCCUAUCCCGAGCCGCGACUUUUAUGGCUGGACCGCGAACGACCACGUCCCCCAUGCCAUCGACCGCACCGGCCGGUGCUGGCUCUGAGCGCAAAGAUGGCCCCAGAAAGCGCCGGCGUGCGACAGUGGCAUGCCGCAGCUGUCGGCAGCGCAAGACAAAAUGUGACCAUAUUGUGCCUGCACAGGCGUCCGAUGAGAUGCUCCGCGGCAUGACUAAGUCGGCGCAGGCAUACAUCCGAUCUCUAGAACGUCGCGUACGCAACUUCGAGGACAUACAGCGAGAUAAGACCCAGCGACCGCAGCCGUCACAUCCUCUGCCAGCCGUCCAGCACAAUUCUCCUGUUCCAUCAAUUAUGCAGUACGAGGCGACGAGGUUACCGCCAAUGCCGCACCCUAUCCAGUCAAUAGGUUGGCCAGCGGGCCGCAUCUACCAUCAGCAACAUCACCAUGUUCUCCCAACAACCCCAGAUAUAUUCCUCAGCGGCAAGGCUGGAGAAUCUUUCACGCGGCUUAUACUCAACGCCAUGAAUCACCCCUCUGCCAAGCUGGAUGCUCGGUCCUUUUCCUCCCCUAGAGACUACUCUGUCGAAUCGAAGAGCCCAACUGAUCUCUUCUCGCUGCCUCCCAACGCCCAAGAAUUGCUCAAAAUAUACUUCGACUUCCACCAUGAACUCACUCCAAUAUUCCAUGUUCCUUCCAUCAUGGCUCAGUUUGACCAAGUCUUCAACAAUCGUCAUGCGGGUCGAACGACUGAUCAUAUUUACACACUGGCCAUCCUCAACAUGAUAUGUGCGCUGACUGCAGCACACAGUCGACGGGGACAAGAGGGCUCGGACGUCAUAUCUCGCAAGUAUUACGACACUGCCAUGCAACUUAUGCAACCAAAUCUCAUGUCAGAAUGGAGAAUUGAAAAGGUUCAAGCCUUGCUUCUCGGCGCCCGCUUUCUGCAAAGCUCCAGCUAUAGCGACGAGUGCUGGACAGUGCUCGGCCUUGCCAUCCGUAUAGCCUAUGAUCUAGAGUUGCAUAGGCCCCCUGACCCUGAGAAGUUCGACUGCAUAGACCAGGAAGUUCGCAAGCGGGUGUGGUACGCAUGCUUUGGGCUGGAUCAGCUUCUCAGCAUGAUUUACGGCCGCCCUGCUGCCACCUCAACGACUACGUUCUCAACCCCUCUACCGGAAGAUCUAGACGAUGACUGCAUUCGGCCAACCCGAUUAUUAUUCCCCUCAGUCCAAACUACAUCGAGCAUGUCAUUUUUUCUACAGGUUUCGAAACUAUAUCGUCUUUUGGAAGCGACAAUGAUGCUAGGUGGCCAACCAACGUUAUCGGACUUGGUCAGACUAGACGAGGAGUUUGAGGCUUGGCAGGCCCAAAUGCCUGACAAGCUUCGCAUCCGAGAAGGGGUACCGCCGGAAGAAGAAUCCACUCUUAUCCUGGCGCUUCGGGCCAACAUGGUCUGCAUAUUGAUCCAUAGGCAGUCGCUGGUAUCGGGUCUCAGUGCACUUUCAUCGGCAUCUUCUUCUUCGGCUCCAAUAACCAAAGAAUGGGAGGGAGGUCGCCUACGAACAAGCAUACUACAGCGUAGUCGGCAAGUUUGUGUUAGCACGGCAGAGGAAACAAUUCGACUGGUAGCUGAGCGGCAUGACCGGACCAAAAAAGCAAUGGGGCCCAGCUGGUUCAAUUUAUACUAUUUGUUUACUUCGAUCCUCAUAAUCGUCUCCCAUGUCGUUGAUCCAGAGUUUCGAGAUGACCGAAGCGCAUUGAUGCACCUGGACCAAGCGGUAAACAUGAUUCGCCAAAUGUCUGGCAACCACCUCUGUGCACAACGGGCAUAUGCAUUUUUACAGCAGCUGCUUGGUUUUCUAGACAGGACUAUACCCGAUGAACGACGGAGGACGGUUGAGCGGUACAAUACUCCCCCGACUGUCAUGCCGGGAAGUGACAGAUGGGCUGGAGAGGCUACAACGUAUAGCAACAGCACGACGCUACCAGAGGAUGAGGCCACUGAAGACGGGGGCGUCGAUUUGUGGUCACUGUGGGACACUACUCAGGAUCUAACCAUGGAUCUAGGCUCUCAAUUAGAGCUCCAUUCAAAUCUAGGCUCAGCCACCUGGUCGUGGGGUGUGGAGAACCCCGGAGCUGGUGCUGAGUCGUUGAUGCGAUCUCCACCAGUUCUUAACGGAGUAGUGCCUGGAUAAUCACUUCACAAAUGUGAAUAGAAUAAUUAAUAACUGAUGUAAAUUUUAACGUAGCACAUGAGACAGAGCCUUUCAUGGUAUUUACAACCAAAGCGCGGGUUUGGCAACAUGAAGGAUCAUGAUUCAGCGAGCUGUUUAUAUGGUGACAAGCGUCUAGAUACUACACGGAAUGAACUGGCUUCGAAGCUAUGUAGCUAGGCAGUAGCGCAUUAUACGGAUAUACUAGCAGCUUCUUCAGGUGAACUCCUCCUAGGACGCAAAACACGGUUCAUAGCCAUGAUCACAAACUGAAAUCUAGUUGACUCUCCGCACAGCUGACAAAAUGCCCUUCUUACCCCGCG